CGCUGAAACUCAAUUAUAUUAUAUCGUUAAGUUUUAGGUUCAAGAAGAGACAAGUGUGUCAUUAUUACUUAGUUUGUGGGCGUGACUUGUGAGUGAAAUUUGUAGAUACGUCAUGUCUUACAUUGCCGACUCUUCAGUUCUUCCAUUGUGGACUGCUGUUAUCUUUGGAGUAAUCUGCCAUUCUAAGCCAAUUCAAUUUGAUCAAAAACAACUCAUUUCUUCAGAUCAAGAGGCAGAAUGUACAUUUACUUGUACUCCAGUUGAAGGCAGUGCCGAAUAUGAAAACUGUGAAUACGACUGUGUUGUGAAAGAUGCCACUUUUUACACUAAAGAACAAAGAAAACCGACUACACCGUCUUUUGACCAACCAAAUACAACUAACCAACCAGAAAAAACAAGUACUCCUAAACCUGAAGCCAAGACAAAAUUUUCGGAAUCUACAACUACAAUACCAAUUUCCACCAAGAAUGAAUUCCCAGUGGAAAAUACAACUCCUGCCACCUCUACAUUUCAGACAAGUGCUCCAGACAUUGAAACAACAGUUACGUCCAUUAAAAGUACAAAACCAGACAACCUUAGUUCUCUUGCAGAAACAACGAGUUUUUAUACAUCUGAAUCAAUAACACAGGCUCUAACAACUAAGAGUAGUUGAAAAACCUCAUAAUUUCUUAAUCUCUUGUCGUUAGUCAUAUUUAUUAAAUCUCACUUAUUUAUUUGUUUCUCAACAUGAUUACAAUUACCUAUUCGACAUUUUUAACAUUUUUAAAUAUUUGUUAUCCCCUACAUGCGAGCCAACUUAAAACCUAAUACAUAUUAUUUUAUUAAGUAUUUUAUUUUCCAGCCAAAUUUAACUUACCGAAAUCAACUCGUAUAACCGUAAUGUUUAUCAUAUAAACGCAAAAUAAUAUUUGCUACCAAUGUGUUCAAUGGAAAUGAACGUGCAAACUACAGCAUAUACAGAUACCUGAAGUAGAGGAUGGACGAGAAGUGCAAAUAAUUGAAUCUGUGAUGGAUGGUAGACUCAAUAGUUUAAGAUUUAUGUCUUUCAAGACAUUUACAGUGGUUUCAGCCGGGCAUUCCCUUACAUUGCAGAUCCAACUAUGAAAGUAGAAUUG